AUGAAACUCAGCAGCAGCCUUGGCUUCUUCAGCGGUGACCCAGAUCAGCUCACACGGCAUGUCCAAAGCCUGGAGUCCGCCGGCGUCGAUCGGAUCUGGGGUGGCGAGGCCUAUGGCUUUGACCUCGCUACGCCACUUGCGUAUCUGGCCGGUCAGACCACAACGAUCGAGUUGAUGUCUGGGAUCUUCCCGGUGUACUCCCGCACGCCGGCGCUGCUUGCAGCGACCGCGGCAUCCAUCGACGCUCUUUCGCAAGGCCGGUUCGUGCUGGGGCUUGGUACGUCGGGGCCCCAGGUCAUCGAGGGAUGGCACGGAGUUCCGUUUGAGAAGCCGUUGGGACGGACCCGUGAUGUCAUCGAGAUUUGUCGCAAGGUGUGGAGCGGUGAUCGGGUGGAACAUGAUGGACGUGCGGUGCAGAUGCCGUUGGCCGACGGGGGCACUGGUCUGGGCAAGCCUCUGAAGUUCAUGGGCCGGCCCUACCGCGCCGACAUUCCUAUCGUGGUCGCUGCGAUUGGGCCCAAGAACGUCGCGAUGACGGCAGAGUUGGCCGAGGGUUGGCAGCCCAUCCAUUUCGUCCCCGACUACUUCCGUCGGGUGUGGGGCGACGCUCUCGAUGACGGACUGGCCAAGCGCGACCCGAGCCUCGGGCCGCUCGAGAUCAUCGUUGGCGGGAUGGUCGCACUCGGUGAAGGUCCUCACGUCGACGCCGCCCGCGACGAGGCACGCGGCCAGAUCGCGUUCUAUGUCGGUGGCAUGGGAGCAAAGACGAAGAACUUCUACAACGAUCUGUUUCGACGAUACGGAUGGGAAGAUGAGGCCGAAGAGAUUCAGAACCGGUUCCUCAGCGGUGAUCGACAGGGGGCAGUGGCGGCCGUGCCGGAGGAGUACCUGGAUCUCACCGUGUUGUCGGGUGACGAACGGCGGGUGCGCGAGCGGCUCGACGUCUAUCGCGAAGCCGGGGUUACGCACUUCGACAUUCGCGCCGCAGGCGAUGACACCCUCGGGACGAUCGAGAAGGUCAAGGCCUGGAUCGAGUAG